AUGGAGAGGCGCACUUCGCCGCGGCUUGAUUCGCCAAUGCCAGAUGCUGCGUCUCUCUUGAUACCCUCUUCAUACGACAACGAGCUCUUCGCAACAAGCCAAACGCAUCUGGGUUACAGACAUCCUAUGUCAAGCACUGAUGCAUCUACCGAUGAGGAAGACGGCUAUGACUCCGAAUUUCCAGACACCAUCUCCUCAUCGAUAGAAGACAUGCCAAUCGAAGAAGGAAUGAAAGGGCUGGUUAUUGCGCCCAAGCCGACGGGCGUUUGCUAUGACGAACGCAUGCGCUAUCACUCCGAGGUCUCUGCUACCACUGGCGAUAAUGUUCACCCCGAAGAUCCCCGAAGAAUCUACUACAUUUACCGAGAGCUAGUGGAGGCUGGCCUUGUUGAAAACACACCCGAAGUCUUCGCCAACCCUCCACUGAAGCACAUCCCUUUGCGUGAAGUCACACGCGCGGAGGUCGAGCUCGUCCACGAAGUCGAACCAAGGAAUCAUUGGGACUUCGUAGAGUCUACCUCAGCCAUGUCAGAUGAUGCGCUGAUUGAUCUCUCUGAGAACCCCGGAAUGGACUCCAUCUACUUUAAUCAACUGUCCUUCUUAAGCGGCAAAUUGUCUGCUGGAGGAGCGAUCGAGACGUGCAAAGCCGUAUUUGAACGGAAGGUCAAGAAUGCUAUCGCUGUGAUUCGGCCGCCGGGUCAUCAUGCGGAGGUCAACAAGACGAUGGGUUUCUGCCUUUUCAACAACUGCUGCAUUGCAAGCCGCGUAUGUCAGAAAGACUACGGGCAGGACUGUCGACGAAUACUGAUCGUGGAUUGGGACGUCCAUCACGGCAAUGGCUGCCAGAAGGCAUUCUACAAGGACCCGAACAUUCUCUACAUCUCUCUUCACGUCCACAUGAAUGGUGGCUUCUAUCCCUCUGGAGAUGGUGGUGCUAUGGACAAGUGUGGAGAAGGCCCUGGUCUCGGCAAGAAUGUCAAUAUCCCGUGGCCAAACAAGGGUAUGGGCGAUGCUGACUACAUGUACGCAUUUCAGCACGUCGUGAUGCCAAUCGCUACAGAAUUCGAACCAGAUCUUGUGGUUGUGGCUGCUGGCUUUGACGCUGCUGCCGGAGAUGAGCUGGGUGGCUGUUUCGUGUCACCAGCAUGCUACGCACACAUGACACACAUGCUCAUGAGACUAGCAAAUGGAAAGGUAGCUGUCUGUCUCGAGGGUGGCUACAACUUUAAGGCCAUCUCAAAGUCAGCAUUAGCGGUCACCAAAACUCUCAUGGGCGAGCCACCUGAUCGAAUCGACGCAACACAACCAACGCCGAGUGCUGUGGAAACUGUUGAGCAGGUGCGGCAUAUCCAGUCCAAGUACUGGACGUGCUUGAAUCCACGAGAUCCGCCAUACGACCUGACCGAAGGUACACCGCUAUCAGACAUCCUCCGCAUGGCCCAAAAGGCCGAAUUGUACGAGAAGUACCAGAUGAACACGCUCAAGAUCCUCCGAGACAGCGUCUCGAGAUCGUUUGACAAUCAAGUACUGGCGACUCCUCACUGGGAAGAUAAACGAACCCUCCUCGUCAUCUUCCACGACCCUCCCGAUCUCCUCGUACCUGGCGGCCGCACCUCGAACCUUACCCCGCCUCACCUCACUCGCGUCAAGGACGGCGUCACCUCCUACAUCAGAUGGGCAGUCAGUCAAGACUUCGGUGUUAUCGAUGUCAACGUCCCAGAAUACAUCACACCAGCAGAGCCCACCGAAGGCUCAAUAGAAGAACAGUACCGCUACUCCUCCACCUCGACUGACCACGCCCGUGUCGAGGGUGAGAAGCUCGCCAACUACAUGUACACCAACUACAUAUACCCCAACGACCAUGCGAACGUGAUCCUCGUCGGCGUAGGCAAUGCCUUUCAUGCCGUUGCCAAACUCCUUUCCGAGACCGAAGACAUACAAGAACACAUCACUGGCGUCCUCGCAUUCAUCGCGCAGAACCCCGUACGACCAGUCGGCAGCACAUCCAAUCAGUGGCUGUUAGGAUGGUACAAAGCAAACAGUCUAGUGUUUGUGACCGAGGAGCACAGUCUAUGGAAGAAGGAAGGCAAGAUCAGCAAGCGGUAUGGUGGGAUCAAGCCCUCGAGGGGAGGUGGAGCGAACGAGAUCAUGAUUGUGAAUCGAGAGGAGGCGUUUGAGUGGAUGGCGGAGAAGGUCAGGGAUCCGGAGGAGACGGAGGACGAGAUGGAGGAUGAUGCCGAUGGUAGACCGGGUGUUGAGAGGACCGAGGUGACGUUGAACCCGAGUAUGGCUGCAACGAUGGAAGCAGAUGCAAUGGCGACAGUCGAGUCUGGCAUGGGUACCUACGGCUCUGGAUAG